CUGAGCAGUGAGAGCAGCGGCUACAGCUGAGGCAGAGAAACACAGAGAGCCGAGCUGAUGUCAUGAUAACAAACAGGCCUGAUCCAGUUUGCUUUAUGUAGGUGGAUACAUUAAAUGGCGAGUGGAUUUCAGUCUGGAAAUCAUUACCAACCUGAAUUUCAUUGACUGUCGCAUGCAAGACCAUGGACAGACUGACUUUAAGAAAUGGAAGAAGAGGACCUGACAGUGGUGCUAAUACUGGCCAAAAUGAAAAUGCUGGUGGAGGCGAAGGGAGCAGAAGAAGAAGACAUCGGGGGGGAAGUCAAGCUGAAAAGGAGGAGACAGAUGGAGGAGGAGGAGGUGUGGGGAUGCGUGGGAGAGGCAAAGGAGGAGCAGACCCAAGAAGAGGGGGUGGUAGAGGUGCAGGAAGAGCAGGCAGGGAGGAGACAGAUUGGGUAGGAGGAGGUGAAGGAGUGCAUGGGGGUGGCAGAGGAAGAGGUGGAGCUGCAGGUUCAGGGAGAGGGAGAGGGGGUGAAAGAGAUGCAGGAAGACAGAGAGGAGGAGCCAGACAGGAAGGAGGAUGGAGGGAGAGAGGCGGAAGGCAAGGUGCAGCUGAACGAGAGGGAGCUAGAGGGGGGAUGGCAGCAAUGGGUGUAAGGAGAGGAGGACAUAGUGUGGACAGAAAUGGAGGGAGAGGGGGUGAGAGAAGAGAUGGUGUGGGAGAAAGAAAAGACAGCCAUGGAGGGAGAUCACAUUCUACAGGUGGAUCAAAGGCACCAAAGGGUAAUGGCCUGGGCUAUAAAACACUGGAAGAACUCUCUGGGAAAGACCCUUCUGUAGUGGCCAUCACCCUGUCAGCUAAACCCGCCCUACAAGAGGUCCUAAGUGAGACAACAAUGAGGCAGGAUCUUGUCGAACUCUUCUGUCUGGUGCUGAGUAAAGCCUUCCAGUCACGAUCAGAUAGAGGCACCCUGCAGCACCUGGCUGGCAUCAUCAAAGAUUCAGGGUUCUUCCGCACCAUCCUGCCCCACUAUCUGGCCGGCAUGGGGACAGAGUUCAACCCCGUCCGCAGGGCAAAAUACCCACAACACCUCGAAAACAUCCUGGCCAUUCUGUCAGAGGUCCUCGGCAUUUUCCCUGCUAGCUCACUCCAGGCUGCAAGUUUGCUACUGACGCUGCUCCAGGCCUCCAUCAACCGCCUGAGAGCAUUAGGAGUGGACAUCCAGCCUCAAACGGAGGAGAGCAUGGAGAGUGUUCAGAACCUGGUCAAACACCUGGAAGAGAGGUCCUGGGAGGGUACUCUGCGCUCGGACAAGGACACCUAUUCCCUCCUAAACCAUGGGCGUGAUAACCCAGGUGAAGAGCAACAAGAUUUCAGGACCAUCCCCAUCUACCCGACUCCUGAGGAGUUCCAUCAGGAACACAGGCCCUUCCUCAGACCCAACCUCACCUCUCAGAGCUACACAAACACCCACCUCUACCUUGACACGCACUUCCGGCUGCUGAGAGAGGACUUUGUGCGGCCACUCCGUGAGGGGAUCCAGCAGUUCCUUUGGAACCAAAUGGACAGGGGAAGGGGUGGUAAUCCGCUGAAGACGAAGCGCUUUGAUGACAUCAGAGUAUAUUUUGAUACCAAACUGGUGGUACCCAAGUGCACGCAUACCGGCCUCGCCUAUGUAGUCCAGUUUGACAGUCAGCCACUGAAGUUUGUGCGCUGGCAGAACUCCAAGAGGCUGAUCUAUGGUUCCCUCGUCUGCCUGUCGUGUGAUAAUUUUGAGAGCUUCUUGUUUGCCACGGUGUCAGAUCGGGAUCCCAACGAACUGGCGAAGGGACGGGUCCAGAUUGCCUUUACUGAAGAAAGCAGAUUCAAGUUGGCCAGGAUUGAGAAAGAUCAGUCAUUCCUGAUGGUCGAGACCACCGCCUACUUUGAGGCCUAUCGGUAUGUUCUAGAGGGCCUACAGGAGCAGAAGGAGGACAACCUGCCCUUUCAGAGGUACAUCGUGGAGUGCAGCACAGAUGUGCGACCCCCAGCUUAUCUGCGAGGAGGAGAUAUGUACAGCCUGUCAUCCGUCGCUACGCCCGACCACAAGCACAGCAUACAGCCCUUUCACUGCCUGGACGCAGAGGCCUGGCCGAGUAUGGAGGAGCUGGGCCUGGAUGACUCUCAGAUGAGAGCCUUCCAGCUGGCCCUCACAAAGGAGCUGACCAUCAUACAGGGACCUCCUGGCACUGGGAAAACCUACGUUGGCCUUAAGAUUGCUCAGGCUCUGUUGACCAAUCAGAAACUUUGGACAGAGAGAUUGGUCACAGCUCCGAUGCUGGUGGUGUGUUACACUAACCAUGCCCUGGAUCAGUUCCUUGAGGGUAUUCACAAGUUUCAGAAAGAGGGAAUAGUGAGAGUCGGAGGCCGCAGCAGCAGCGAGAUCCUGAAGCAUUUCAAUCUGAGGGAGCUGACCCGCUCGCAUGACUUCAGACGCACGCUGCCGUCUCACCUGCGUUUUGCAUAUAGUGAGAUAUACGAAAACCUGCGUCAAGAGGAGGAAAAGAUCCAGAAACAGAGCAUAAGGCUGGAGUGUGCCCUGAAAGGAGUCCUGCGUGAAAGCUUCUUGCAGAGUUUCAUUUCAUCCGAACACUGGGAGAGUCUGCACCUGCCUCCUGAGGGUUUUGAGUUCUGGUACCAGAAGAAGUCCAGUCUGAUGAUGGAGUGGCUGGGUUUGGGUUCCACUGUCUUCCUGCAGAGGGAGACAGAGAAUGCAAAUGGAAAUGAAGCAGCAGAGGAAGCGAUGGCGAUGGAGAUGGAAGACGAGGACGACCUCAUUGAAAUCGCAAUGGAAGCAGAUCUGAUCCAGGCGGAGCGGAUCAUUGAAGACAACAUCGGUCCCAGAGGUGAUAGACAUGACAAGAAGAAAGAAGACAUGCAGGAGGCUGUCAGACAAGUGGAGGAACUGAUGCUGGCUAUGAACCUGGAUCAAGUUGAAAUACAGGCUGAGCAGAGCGAGGAAGGAUGGGAGAUGCAGCGGGACCAGAAGAAAAAGAUGAAGAACAGAAUCAAGAAAGAGCUGGGGAAGAGCACGGCCAUGACUAAAGAAGAGGAAGUCGCAGUCUUGGAUAUCUGGACCCUUAGCCUGCCCAACAGAUGGAGACUCUAUCGGUUGUGGGUGGCACGCUACAGGGCAGAACUUUGCACCAAAGUCCUGGAGUCUGAGCAGGCCUAUCAGAACGCAGUGGACAGAUUGGCUGAUGUGAAACGUCAUGAGGACCUUUGCCUUCUCAGGAAAGCCACGGUUAUUGGCAUGACAACAACAGGGGCAGCCAAGUACCGUAAAGUUCUGCAGAAAGUGCGUCCACCUCUGGUGAUUGUGGAAGAAGCUGCAGAGGUUCUCGAGGCCCACACUGUCACCACAUUGAGCAAAGCAUGCCAACACCUCAUCCUCAUCGGAGACCACCAGCAACUGCGCCCCAGUGCCACAGUGUUCGAGCUUGCUAAGAACUUCAACCUGGAGAUGUCCAUGUUUGAGAGGCUGGUGAAGAUGGGACUUCCUUAUGUCAGACUUGACUACCAGCAUCGUAUGAGACCAGAGAUUGCCCGUCUUCUGACCCCACACAUCUAUGCAGAGCUGGAAAACCAUCCCUCUGUGUUGGACUACGACAACAUCAAGGGCCUCAAUACCAAUUUAUUCUUUGUGGAGCACAGCCACCCAGAGGAAGAGAUCAGAGAUGGGAAAAGCCAUCAGAACCGUCAUGAAGCAAUGUUUGUAGUCGCUCUUUGCCGCUAUCUUCUCCUUCAGGACUACAAACCAGAGCAAAUUACCAUCCUCACGACUUACACCGGCCAGCUGUUUUGUCUACGCAAACUUAUGCCUGCCAGCCAGUUCACAGGGGUCAAAGUGCACGUAGUGGACAAGUACCAGGGUGAAGAGAAUGACAUUGUCUUGUUGUCUCUGGUCCGCAGCAACCUGCAGGGUAAAGUUGGCUUUUUGAACAUUUCCAAUCGUGUCUGUGUGGCCUUGUCUCGUGCCAAGAAAGGUCUCUACUGCAUUGGCAACAGUAAAAUGCUGGGCCAGGUCAAACUUUGGAGCAACAUCUUCCACACCUUGAGGGAGAAAGACCAGGUUGGGAAAGCUCUGACCCUGUGCUGUCAGAAUCAUCCAGAUCGACAGGUACAGGCAUCUUGUGCUGAUGAUUUCAAAGAAGCCCCGGAGGGGGGCUGCACCAAGCCUUGUGAGUUCCGUUUGAAAUGUGGCCAUGUGUGCACAAGAGUCUGCCACCCCUACGACCCUGAGCAUAAAGAGUACCAGUGUCUCAAGAAGUGCCAGAAGAUUUUAUGUGAUCUGGGACACAGGUGCCCACAGUUGUGUCACAAAAAAUGCCCUGAGAAAUGUCCAGAGAAGGUUGAGAAGAUCAUACCCCAGUGUCAGCACACACAGAAGGUUCCCUGCCACCAGGACCCAAUGACAUUUGAAUGCAAGGAGCCUUGCGAGAAGCUGCUUCGCUGUGGACAUCAAUGUGAUUCACUGUGUGGGCAACCAUGCACCACUCAGUGCAAGGUGGAGGUCACUUUAGAACUAGAGUGUGGCCACAGCCAGCAAGAUGCGUGCUUCUACAAAAAUGACAUAAAGAAGCCAAAAUGUAAGACCCCUUGUGCAGAGCAGCUAAAAUGCGGCCAUGCUUGUCACGGUACCUGUAGCCAGUGUCACCAGGGACGGUAUCAUUACCCAUGUUGUCAAAAAUGUGACCGUCUCCUCAUUUGCUCUCACACAUGCAAGGAGCCUUGCACUCGUGAUUGCCCCCCAUGUCGGAGACCAUGCGAGAAUUGCUGCGUGCACAGUAAGUGUAUGAAGCCGUGUGGACAGCCCUGUGAUCCGUGCAUUGAGCCCUGUGCUUGGCAGUGCCCUCACCAAAGCUGCAGCAAGCUCUGCUACGAGCCAUGCGAUCGUCCGCCAUGCACCCAGCCCUGUGCCAAGACCCUGGAUUGCGGCCACCCUUGCAUCGGUCUGUGUGGAGACAAAUGUCCAAACAAAUGUCGCAUCUGUAAUCACGACGAGGUCACAGAGAUUUUCUUCGGCACUGAGGAUGAGCCUGACGCUUACUUCAUUCAGCUAGAAGACUGUGGACACACCUUUGAGUGCACAGGCAUGGACCAGUACAUGGGGAUGGAUGACAACCAGCAGGCAAAUGAAGGAGAGGUGGCCAUAAAACUGAAGGAAUGUCCACAGUGUCGUACUCCAAUACGCAAGAAUCUACGCUAUGGCUCUCAGAUCAACUGCAGUCUGGCUGAGAUAGAGAUGGUAAAGGCGAAGAUAAAUGGACCUCAGGGAGACAUUGAAGAGCACAGGAAGGCCCUUGUAACUCAGUGGAAGGACAACCUUCACCUGUUUGAUAUGAACUACCAAGAUCAAUAUAUGGAAAUCAAUGCCAGACUGGGAAAAUCUCAUCUCACAGCAAAGGAUCUGUGGAUCCAGGAAAACAAGAUGGAUUUCCUAAUAAGAGUGGCAAAGCUGAGGGAGAUCCAAAUGAAAAAAAUGUCAUCCACGCAAAGCUACAGAUUAGGCAAGUGUGUUGAUGAGUUUGUGAGCUGGCUCGGCGACUGGCGCCAAAGAUUCACAGACCAGCAGGUCUUUGAUUUGCAGAGAGAGCUGCAGAGACUCACUCUCCUGACUGAACUCAACGCCCGUUGCCACAUGGCAGACAUAAGAGGACAAAGUGUCAAGAUUCAAUCCGAGGUACAAACAAUAAGAAAGGUUUUGGAAAAGUCUGGUCAGUUCACUGAGCAAGAUCAACACAGAGUGAAAGAGGCCAUGAAGGAACUAGACGACAAGCUUCCAGCCACGGGCUUGGGGAUCACCGAUGAGGAGAGAAAGAUGAUCGUCUCGGCCAUGAAGAUGCCACCUGGACACUGGCACAAAUGUCCCAAUGGGCAUGUCUAUGUUAUAGCAGACUGCGGAGGGGCUAUGGAGAGUCGACGCUGCACUGAAUGUGAAGCUACUAUUGGCGGGGCACAUCACACACUGGCAAGUGGCAACCAAGUUGCCACAGAGAUGGAUGGGGCACUGCACCCUGCUUGGUCUGAAGCCAACAACCUUCUAAACUUUGAUCAACUCCACAUCUGAAAGCCAUCUUAGAGAAGUCUGUCGUUGCCUUCUCAGUCCCAGCUGUUGGGUGCAAAACCUGAGGACAACAGGUCAUGAUUUUACUUCAGUGACCACUUAAAUACUGGACUAGGAGGGAUCUCUUCAAAAAUUACUGAACUCCAGGCCAUAAUCAUCUUGCAUGAUGUUGACUUUUGAAACCCUUCAUUGAAAAUACAGACUUUACUUAUGAUAGCAUUAGUUUGUGGCACUUUUAUUUCAACAAAUAUCCACUUUCUCUUACGAAUUAAUGCCACUAUGUAUUGAUUUUUUUGUUCAUGAAAGUUUUAACAUUUCCUUCGUUAGACAUAGUGGAUUGUAGUUUUGUUUUAAAUAUUGCUUUGCUGCAGAAAGCAUGUAUCAGUGAUGUGUAACAAGUCACAGACAGAUGAUAGUUUUCAAUGCUGACUGAAUUAUCAAAUACUAACUCUUUGUUUUUGUUUUUCAAGACUCCCUGUGCAAGUAGCAGUUGUCCUGUACCUUAACAAUAGGUGGCAGUAAAACACUGUAAAAGAAUACGACUUGGUAGUCACUAUGCUUGCAACUUGUUCAAAUGGAGUAAAAUGUGUUUGAAUUCAUAA